GCCAGGCUCUGCUUGGGCCUGUUGCGGGCUCCUUUCCUCCCCCUGCCCCGACAUCCUCAAGUCCUCCUUAAUCAUCUUUGUGGUGGGUGGCCCCGGCUGUGGCAAAGAGACCCAGUGCAAGAAUAUGGCCAUUAAGUAUGGCUUCUGCCACGUGGGGCUGGGUCAGCUACUGCGGCAGGAGGCCCAAAGGAGCACCCACCGGGGCCGGCAGAUCCGUGACAUCAUGAUGCAGGGGCUUCUGGUACCCACGGGCCUCAUCCUAGACAUGAUCAGCAAGAACAUGUUGUCCCACCCAGAGAGCAGGGGCUUCCUCAUCGAUGGCUUUCCCCGGGAGCUGAAGCAGGCCAAGGAGUUUGAGCGCAUUGUGGGCCGGGCCCCCGACAUUGUCAUCGCGUUUGACUGUUCCAUGCAGACCAUGGUCCGGCGGGUGCUGCACCGGGGCCAGGUGGAACACAGGGCAGAAGACUGUGAGGUGGUCAUGUUUCGUCACCUGGCGACCUAUUAUACCUUGUGUGAGCCUGUCCUGACCUUCUACCAACAGAAGAACCUGCUGCGAAAUAUCUUGGCAGAAGAAGCUCCAGAGAACAUUUUUGCCAAGUGUUGCUCUGUCAUUGAAAGUCUGUGGUGAGCUGGGAGGGGCGGGGGCUUGGGCCGGCCCCCACCCCAGAGCCUGUGCAGGACUCAAGAGGGGUGUGGUGCCUGCGAC